AUGAACUUUCUGCUCUCCUGGGUGCAUUGGAGCCUCGCCUUGCUGCUCUACCUCCACCAUGCCAAGUGGUCCCAGGCUGCGCCUACGGCAGAAGGAGAGCAGAAAGCCCACCCAGUGGUGAAGUUCAUGGAUGUGUACCAGCGCAGCUACUGCCGUCCCAUCGAGACCCUGGUGGACAUCUUCCAGGAGUACCCCGACGAGAUCGAGUACAUCUUCAAGCCGUCCUGUGUGCCCCUGAUGCGGUGCGGGGGCUGCUGCAACGACGAGGGCCUGGAGUGUGUGCCCACCGAGGAGCACAACAUCACCAUGCAGAUCAUGCGGAUCAGAAUUCACAAAGUCCAGCACAUAGGAGAGAUGAGCUUCCUACAGCACAGCAAAUGUGAAUGCAGACCAAAGAAAGAGAGAGCAAGGCAAGAAAAUCCCUGUGGGCCUUGCUCAGAGCGGAGAAAGCAUUUGUUUGUACAAGAUCCGCAGACGUGUAAAUGUUCCUGCAAAAACACAGACUCGCGUUGCAAGGCGAGGCAGCUUGAGUUAAACGAACGUACUUGCAGAUGUGACAAGCCGAGGCGGUGA